UUUACUUUCAGCUGCCAUGGCUAUGCGAUCUCCUCCUUUUGAGGAGAUCUGAAUUCGAAGGAGAACUCUUGUAUGCAAACUGAUGGUCACUUUUGUACCGUCAGAACAGGUCAGAAUGCAAAACAACGGCAAUAACGAUAAUACAGAAGGAAAACAGAAACAGGAAGGCUCGGCUUUCCCAAAUGUAUCUCUCCCAAAGGGCGGCGGUGCCAUCCGUUCUAUGGGUGAGAAAUUUAGUACAAAUCCCGUUACUGGAACUGCAUCAUUUUCUAUACCUCUACCCGCAAGUUCUGGACGUUCUGGUUUCGGGCCAUCGCUUUCACUUUCGUACGACUCAGGAAAUGGCAACGGCAUAUUUGGGCUAGGUUGGUCACUAUCGCUACCCAGCAUAACAAGAAGUACAAAGAAACAAUUACCGCGUUAUAAGGACGACGAAGAGUCUGACAUUUUCCUUCUCUCGGGGUCGGAAGAUCUGGUCCCUGUUCUUCGCGAUGAUGGAACAUUUUUUGAGGAUAGAAAUUCUGCACCGGGAUAUGUAAUCCGCCGGUACUCCCCACGUAUCGAGGACUCAUUUUCGCGCAUUGAGCGAUGGAGCAAAGUCAAUGACUCGGCCGAUGUGCAUUGGCGCAUCACCAGUCCGGAUAAUGUGCUCACGACCUUUGGACUGGAGGAAGAAUAUCGCAUCAUCAAUCCAGUUGAUCCAAGCCAGAUAUUCACAUGGCUUGUUUCAGAAAUACGUGACUGCAAGGGAAAUGCGGUUUUGUAUCGAUAUAAGAAAGAAGAUGGUGCUGGCAUUGAUCUCGCGGAUGUCCAUCAACAGAAUCGUGGACUUGCGAACGAUAUUCGGCGUACUAGUAAUCGCUAUCUCAAAUCGAUUGUUUAUGGGAACAACACUCCUCUGCUUGAUGAAAACGGCAAUCGACCGCGAUUUGUUGAUCAAGCGCAGAUUGAAAAUGCUGGUUGGCUGUUCCAAGCUGUCUUUGACUAUGGCGAGCACGAUGCAUCAAAGCCCAUGCCGGUGUCAACACCCCAUGAAUGGACACACCGACAAGACUCCUUUUCCCAUUAUCUUGCGGGAUUUGAGAUUCGUACUAGCCGGCUAUGCAAGCGAUUCCUUAUGUUUCAUCAUUUCCAGGCCGAGGCGAAUGUUGGCAUGGAUUGUUUAGUCAGAUCCACCGACUUUGUCUACAACACAAAGUCAGCAGCGGGAAUGGACGGCGUUUACACGUUCCUAACUUCUGCUCAACAGUGUGGGUACCGGAGGAAAGGAGAUGGCUAUUUCCGAAAGCUGCUGCCUCCGAUUGACUUGGCUUACUCUCAACCAUUUCUCGAUCCUGCACUCAAGGAUGUAGAUUCUUCGGUGCUGGAGAAUACCCCAGCAGGCCUAGCUUCCCAGGGUGUCCAAUUUGCAGAUCUCUACAGCGAAGGCUCUCCAGGACUGCUAACCACAGGAGGCUCGGCUUGGUACUUCAAUCGGAAUACAGCACCGAUCAAUACGACAUAUGCCGAGGAACGCUUGAUUCAAAAACCCAUGUUUGAUCCUCUAGAGCUCGUCCUUAACACGCCAAACGUGACUGCGAGCUCCCAGUGGCGGCUCCUCGACGUUGCUGGUCACGGCCUAGCCUCCGUCUUCUAUCAUGAUGAAGACGCAGGGGUCGUUGGGUUCUACGAGAACGACAAGCAAGAAGGUUGGCUUCCAUUCGCGCCGUUAAAAAGCACGAUAAACCACCUUGAUCUUUUUGACGCUCGGGUAAAGCUCAUUGAUCUAGAUGGUGAUGGAGUUGCGGAUGCGCUUAUUCCCUCCGAGAAUGUUUGGUAUCCUUCACUUGGCGAGGAUGGUUUUGGCCCUCCAAGAUACUUCCCGACAUUUACAGACGAAGAGGAGGGCCCUACGCACCUACUAUUUACCCAACCAGAAUUCUUACAUUUUGCCGAUAUCAGCGGCGAUGGACUCCAAGACAUUGUUCGAGUGUGCAAUGAAGAAAUUUGCUACUGGCCUAAUCUAGGAUUUGGUCGAUUUGGGGCCAAAGUCACCAUGGGUAGAUCGCCCAUCUUUGACUCUCACCUAGAUUUUAGGCCAAAUCGUAUCAUUCUCGCCGACAUCGAUGGCUCUGGAACCACAGAUGUUGUCUAUCUGCACUCCGAAGGUGCCAAAGUAUUCUUCAACCAGUGCGGCAACAGUUGGAGCGAUCCAUUGGUAUUGGAUUCAUUGUCGCAUAUGGAGAACGAUGUCUCCGUUGAUGCUGUUGAUUUACUUGGCAAUGGAACGACGUGCCUUGUUGUUUCAUCGCCGUACCAGUCCGACUUUAUUGCCAUGCGGUAUCUAGACCUCAUGACCACUAAACCUCAUCUCCUCACUCGAGUGGACAAUAAUCUUGGUUCAGUGACCGAGGUGACAUAUGCCCCAUCUACAAAGUUUUACCUCCAGGACAAGAGAGCGGGAAUGCCGUGGGUAACAAGACUCCAAUUUCCGGUACAUGUAGUAGAAUCGGUUCGAACUUAUGAUCGGAUAAGCAAAUGCAUGUUCGCUAGUACCUAUGCGUACCACCAUGGAUACUACGACCCAGAAGAUAGCGAGUUUCGCGGUUUCGGCAUGGUCGAGCAGUGGGAUACCGCCGAGAUUUCUGCACUCACAGGAAAGGUCGCAGAAUCCGAACGAGUGAAUGUGUCGCUCGCUUCCGAUCUUACGCCCGUCCACACAAAGACAUGGUUCCAUCUCGGCGCAUUUCUGGAUCGCAAUUCGGUGUCACUACACUAUGAGCACGAGUACUUCAGUGACCCUUCACUCAGCGAGGAUGUAGCCCGCAAGUGGUUUUUGCCGGACACUGUGCUUUCUCCUGAAGUUGGGCUAGAGGACGAGCACGAUGCUUGUCGUGCCCUAAAAGGGAAAAUGCUGCGGCAAGAAGUAUAUACUGAUGACUCUCUACCGCCAUCCAGCACAGAUCAGAACGAAGUGGAUCUUUCACGCUUACCACACACUGUAACAGAGACCAACUUCAGCGUGCGUUUGGUUCAACCUCGCUCCAACACCCAGAGCGCUAUUAUACAUGCUACCGUGCGUGAGACAAUAUCGCACCAGUACGAAAGGGGUAGCGAGCCUCGCAUAACACAUUCCAUGGUUAUAGAAACAAACGAGUUUGGACAAAUUUUGAAAGAAGUUACGGUAGGCUAUGGAAGAAGUAAGCCAGACAUGAUUCUGCCAACCGGCUGGGAUAGAGAAGUGCAGCGAAAAACGUACGUUACAUAUUCAGAGAACGCAGUGACGAACAAAAUCGACGACAAUACGCUAUACCCUGGAUCUUACCGAGUUCCCCAACAGUGUGAAGCUAGGUCGUUCGAGUUGACCGGGUUUGAUCGCGGAGAUCCAAAAACUCCCUUUCUUUACGAGACAUGGACAAAAGACAAUUUCGAUCUUGUUAAAUCUGCAACAGAAAUCGGUUUUGAGGAGGAACCGGACAUAUCGAUGCUUCAGAAGCGCUUGUUAAAGCAAUCUCGCACUCUAUUCCGGAAAUCUGACCUGACAGGAAAUCUACCUCUAACCAAAAUGGAUCACAUGGCUCUGUCUGGGCAAAGCUAUCGGCUUGCUUUCACAUCUAGCAUGUUGGACAAACAUCUCGAAAAUGACGGCCGCCCUCUUAUUCCUAAUAUUCGGCCUUUACUCACUAGGAAAUCUACGGAUGAGGGCGGGUACGUCAUUAGCGCAGACCUGAAAGCUUUGGGUCUCUUCGCACCUACCGACCCUGAUGAUUGCUAUUGGGUUCCAUCUGGCGAGACAUUCUACUCUCUCAGAGCAGGUAAUCCUACCGUUGAGCUCCAAGCUGCUCGCUCAAAUUUCUACCUUCCAAAGAGGUUUCGCAACCCUUUUGGCGCCGAAAGCACUAUCACGUAUGACGACUAUAACCUUCUCAUCGUGGACACAAUAGACUCGAUUGGCAACAGGAAGACAAUUGGCGAAAGAAACUCCACCGGGACUAUUGUGUCAAACGGAAAUGACUAUCGCGUACUUCAGCCUCGUCUAAUGACAGACGCAAACCGUAAUCGGAAUGAAGUUGCUUACGACGCCUUCGGUCUUGCGGUUGGGACUGCCGUAAAAGGCAAACUGGAAGAUACUCCCCAGGUUGGCGACGAUCUUUCACACUUCGAACCUGAUGUUGAAGAGACGUUAACUUCAGAGUACAUCCAAGCCAUAAUGGCAGACCCUGAUUCGGUGCUUGAGGGUGCCACCUCGCGAAUCCUCUACGAUGCGUUUACCUACAUGCGCACAAAAGAUACUCAAUCUCCACAGCCAGCCACAACAUACACGCUGAGUCGUAUGACUCAUAAGUCUGAUCUUAGGGCCGAUGAGAAGACGGAGGUUCAACACGCAUUUACAUACUCCGACGGAUUUGGGAGGCAAAUUCAGCAGAAGAGUCUAACCAAAUCAGGCCCUGUCCUUAAGCGGGAUAGCGAUGGCAAUAUUGUUCUGGAACCAGAUGCCGAUGGACACAAACGGCCAGUAUUGACAGACCAUGACGUUGAGCCGCGUUGGAUUUCAGACGGUUGGGUCGUUUAUAACAACAAAGGCUUGCCCAUACGGCAGUACGAACCUUUCUUCACUGACCUGUACAAUUUUGAAUUUGAUGUUCGUGCAGGAGUUAGUCCAGUGAUCUUUUACGACGCACUUGGGAGAGUGGUUGCAACGCUGUAUCCGAAUUCAACGUACACGAAACAGAUAUUUGACCCUUGGAGUUCUACCGUAUGGGACAAUAACGACACGGUGAAAUUAGAUCCGCGAGAAGAUCCUGACGUAAAGAGGUUCAUGAAGAGCUACUUCGAUGAUGAGGUUCUCGCGGGCCACGAGUUCAAAACAUGGCUGCAAAGAAGACAGGCUGGGGGUUUGGGCACCGAAGAGGAGACAGCCGCACAGAAAACUCUUCCGCACGCAGAUACACCGAGCGUCACUUACCUCGAUAGUCUGGGUCGCGCGUUUUUAGCAAUGUCACAUAACAAAGUGGCUGCUGAAGACCAUCAACUCAACGGCACCGACAAAAAGCUAUAUGCGCGCACGGAAAUGGACAUUAUUGGCAAUGUCCUCGCAGCUCGUGACGCAAUGAUACAGGAGGGAGAUGACAGAGGCCGUAUCGUUACUCAGAACCAUUACGACAUGCUCGGUAGACCCCUACACACCAUGUCUAUGGAAAAGGGACAUUCGUUUCUUUUGGUCAAUGUGCUAAACCAGCCUAUGCGUGCGUGGAACAAUAGAGGACACGUCACGCGAUCGAGUUACGAUCAGAUGAAUAGGCUCGUGAAGACCUUUGUUUUCGGGGAUGCACUGCAUGUUGGUGGACCUAAUCAGGAGGUUCAAGUCCAUCGGACCAUAUACGGCGAAAGCCACCCAGAAGCAGAGGCGCGUAACCUUCGCGGGACAGUGUAUAUGACGGUAGACCAGGCCAUGGCAUCAACAACGGAACGAAUCGAUUUCAAAGGGAAUAAACUUGAAACGACACAAAGAAUUUGUCGUGAGUACAGAAACACGGUAGAUUGGGCGGUAUUGGAGAGCAUUCUCCCGAAUGAUCCAAGAACACCCUUUGAUGCAUCGGCCCUGGCAGGAGUCCUAGAUACGAAACUCGAAAGCGAUACAUAUCGAGCUUCGUCGGCUUUCGAUGCGCUCAAUCGUCUACUUACCUCGCAGCUCCCAUGCUCGGCACAAGAUGCCCAGAGUAGGCUUCGUCUCGGAUACAAAAAUCUCUCUCUAGUCACAAUUGAUUACAACAUUCGGAAUGAGUCGGCCUCUGAUGAACUCGUUUGGACCCGUUUCAUCAAGAACUUGGAUUACAAUGCCAUGGGGAAGAGAGUUCUUGUGGACUACGGCAACGGGGUUCAUAUGACUUCAGAAUUUGACCUGGAUACUGGGGAUCUUAAACGGCGAACCACCUGGCGCGGAGACAACAUACCGAAUCGCGCACGAGACUUGCUGCAAGACAUAAACUACACAUAUGAUCCCGUGGGCCACAUUAUGCACGUCAUCGACAACGCACAAGAAACCAACUUCUUCCGCAACGUCAUUGCCGGCCCAAUCAACACGUACACGUACGACGCCCUAUACCAACUCAUUGAAGCAACAGGCCGCGAGCAUCUUGGUCAACCCCCUGGGCCUCCGGUGCCCUACACCCAGUCCGACUCUAAGCGCUUUGGUGUACAUCCCGGUGAUGCUGCAGCUAUGGGGCUUUAUACUGAGCGCUACACAUACGAUGAUAUGGCGAACAUGAUUGAAAUGAAGCAUGACAGCUCAGAUACCAGAGUCGAUGUGGCUUCCAGGACUUGGACAAGAACUUUCAAAUACGAAGAGUCGAGCUUGAUAGAAUUGAAUAAAACUGGAAAUCGACUCAGCUACUGUACUGUUGGUCGAGACCGGAAUGAUUUUGUGUACGAUACGCACGGGAAUACGAUCUAUAUGCCUCAUCUGGGAGGCUCGCGAGCAACAGGGAAUGUGAAAUGGGACUAUCUUGAUCAGAUGAAAGAACUGGAUCUCGGUGGCGGUGGGACAGCAUACUACACAUAUGACUCAACAGGCAAGCGCAUUCGGAAGGUUAUUGAGAAGGGACCAAAUCUCACUGAAGAGCGUCUCUACCUCGGACCUGUCGAGUUCUUCCGCAAGAAGACGUCGUCCACAUUCUUCGAACGAGAAAGCGUACACGUCUUCGACAACAGUAACAGAGUCGCUCUGGUAGAGUCCCGUGUAGAAGAUACAGCUGGCUCUGAUCGUGCUCCAGCGCGGUUGAUUCGCUACCAAAUAGCGACACCUAACGGUUCCAGCGCCAUCGAGCUCGAUGAUGAAGCCAAGACCCUUUCAUACGAGGAGUACUCGCCUUAUGGAAGCACAACCUACCAAGCCUCUACGCCUACGCUCGAAACACCAAAACGUUACCGCUUCACGUCCAAAGAACGUGACGAAGAAAGUGGGCUUUCAUAUCAUGAAGCACGCUACUACGCACCCUGGUUAGCCCGCUGGAUCAACGUUGAUCCACUUGGUACUGGGGAUGGGCUGAAUGUGUAUCUAUAUUGCCAUGCAGACCCUAUCGGACGUAUAGACCCAACAGGCAAUCAAGGCGUUCCUGACGAAUCCUUUGUCAGCUUCGACCCAUUGAUGAGCUCCAUUGAUAACAGCGAUUUUGGGAAAUCACUCGUUGAACCCCGGCCUGCGCUCACGCCAUUGGCAAAGACAAUGACAAAAUCGGAAGCGCGAGAGUAUGGAAACAAGCAAGCAGCACAGCAGCGCGCCAGUCCCGCGCCCGAGACGCCGUUACAUACCACUAAGACACCAGAUCCAAUGGAAGGUGCCGAUGUGCAAGCCGGCCAUUCAGUCACAGCUCGCCAUGCUCCUGAAUCGGGAAUCAGCAAGCCAGACUGGGACCAACAAGAAUUCCAGAGACUACAUAGUCGGAAAGGCCAAGGGUUAGAUGUAGCGGUCAUGUCGCAAGAUGGGUCUAUUGAAGUGACGACACGGCACCGAGCGCAGGACUAUUCGAUGAUUGAUCCCGCCAUUGAUGACGUCAAGAAAGCCAAUGGCAUGAAACUGACACCCGACGCACAGCUGGAGGUCGGAAAAUACACCGUAUGGCGCAGCGAAAACGUGCCACUGGACCAGGGCCGCGUCGAGAUGCUACAGGAGCUUGGGGCUGAUGGGGCACCAAAACGUGCGUGGGUCGAUCCAACGAUUACCAAAGAGAUGAAGGCUGCAGCCAAGGAGGGUGACUUGUUUUCUAUGGCAGCUAAACAGUCAAAGAAAGCCGGAAAAGGCGCCAAAGCCCUCAAACUCUUAGGAAAGGGAGGGAAAAAACUCCUCGCAGCUGUUCCCUUUGUCGGCGCCGUGAUGGGGCAUGCAUCUGCUGCAGAAGCCGCCAUGUCUGGAGACAUUCAGGGUGCGGCAUUGGACGAGUUUGGUAAUGUUCCUGUUGCUGGAGAUUUGUUGGAUGCCGCGCGUGGCGGUAUGGAUAUUGGAGCAGCGCUUGAUGCAGGGUUGGGCAUCAGUGAUGUUGCUGCUGGACAUGGAGAAGAUGUCAGGAAAUUUGCGAAGGAUAUAGGAUUCAGUGAAGAUACAGCGUUCUACAUUGGGGCGGGGGGUGCAGCCUUGAGCUCGAUAACUGUAGCACCGAGGAUUGCGUUAGAGAACACAAUAAAAGAGUGGUGGAAUGGGCGUUAGUGAAGUGAGAACAAAGGUCGAAAUAGCUGCU